AUGGCCCCUGGCGCUGGUCGCGCCGCUGGCGCUGGCGGCCAAGGGCCGACUCGCCUGCAUUUGCCCGCGGCGGCCACCGCCGAUCAGGUGACCACCUCCAAGCUGGUGUACGGCCUGUUGUCCGACAGCCGCUACGCGUACCGCCCGCGCGCGCUGGACGAGGCCACCUCCAAGGACGUGUUCAAGCGCUACCUGGAGACGCUGGACGGCGGCAAGCAGUACUUCACCCAGGCCGACGUGGCGCGCUUCGCGCCGUUCGAAGCCAAUAUCUCUUCGGCCAUCCGUGGCGGCGAGCUGGAGCCGGCGUUCCAGCAGGAGCCGGACUUCACCACCGACGAGCGUUUCGAAUACGACCGCAAGAAGGUGCCGUGGGCGGCCAGCAGCGCCGAGCUGGAUGAGCUGUGGCGCAAGUCGGUCAAGAACGACUGGCUGCGCCUGAAGCUGGCCGGCAAGAAGCCGGACGAUAUCCGCAAGACGCUGGACAAGCGCUAUGCCACGCUGGAGAAGUCGGUCAAUGAACUGAAGGGCGAAGACGUCUUCCAGUUCUUCAUGAACUCGUACACCAGCGCGGUUGAUCCGCACACUGAUUACUUCACCCCGCGCACCGCCGAGAACUUCAACCAGGCGAUGUCGCUGUCGCUGGAAGGCAUCGGCGCACAGCUGCAGCGCCAGGACGACAUCCGCGGCGCCAAGGACACCCAGGUCAAGCUGGAAUUCAUUCCGGCCGCGGAAGGUGCCGACGGCAAGCACCACACCCUGGUGCUGACCCGGCAGAAGGUGCGCCUGGCCGAACAGGCCGCCAAGGGCGAGACCAUGACCAUUCCGGCCGCCAACGGUGAACCGGCACGGAAGGUCGGCGUGAUCAAGCUGCCGACCUUCUACCAGGACUUCGAAGGCCGUCGCCGCAAUGCCGCCGACUACGCCCUCGGCCACCCGCGACGUGGCCAAGCUGCUGGCCGGUUUCAAGAACGACAAACUGGACGGCGUGGUGCUGGACCUGCGCAACAACGGCGGUGGGCCCGGUGGGUGCAGGUGCGCGAGUCCGGUGGCCGCGUCACCGUCAACAGCGACCGCAACCAGGGCGUGGCCUGGGACGGCCCGCUGGCAGUGCUGAUCAACCGCGGUUCGGCCUCGGCCUCGGAAAUCUUUGCCGGCGCCAUCCAGGACUACGGUCGUGGCCUGGUGAUCGGUGAAACCAGCUUCGGCAAGGGCACCGUGCAGAACAUCGUCGACCUCGACCCGGCAGCAGCACCCAGCACAAGGGGCGUGGUGCCGGACCUGGCCUUCCCGGCCAGCGUCGAUGCCACCGAGUUCGGCGAAAGCACCUACGACAACGCAUUGCCGUGGACCCGCAUCGCUGCCGUGCCGCACACCCAGUACGGCAACUUCGCACCGCUGCUGCCGAAGCUGGAAACCCGCCACGACGCGCGCAUCGCCACCGACAAGGAAUUCCAGUGGUGGAACGAGGACGUGCAGCAGUUCCCGCACCGAGGCAGCGAAGAAGUACAUCUCGCUCAACGAGGGCGACCCGCCGCGCCGAACGCGAGCGCCAGGAUGCCCAGCGCAAGGAACGCCAGGUGCAGCGCAAGGAACUGGGCCUGGCCCUGGACCCGCUGGCCGAUGACAGCAGGCGACGACGGCCUGACCGGCAACGAGCGCGACAUCGUCAAGGAUGCGGCGCGCGAGAAGGCGGCCGAGAAGCGUCCGGACCCGCUGCUGCGCGAGUCGGCCUCGAUCCUGGCCGAUGCGGUGAACCUGCUGGCCAACGACCGCCCGCUGUCGGGCGCAGGUGCUGCCGCAGUCCACCGGCGCCGGCCGCUGGGCCGACUGAUCCGCCAGCCCGCUUGA